GCAGGUUUCCAUUAACUGCUGCUCCUAUCAACAAGUCAUAUAUCAAGAUGACACCACCCAAGUCCAAAUUCGGCUGCCCAUUGUGUCGCUCCGUAUUCACGUAUUUGGGCAAACACUUGCGACGUGCUCAUGGGUUACAAAACCAGGAUGAGUGCAAAAUACUGGUAAAUUUAGCCAAUGGCAGGAUUAAUAUACGAUCCAUGCCAUGUCCAUUUGAUGGCUGUGACUAUUCAAGAUCUAGGUUGGACAGGCAUUUUGAACUAGCACAUCGUGAGGUGGAGCAGGAAAGGAUUUCCCAAGCCAUCAAUACUUUGAAGUACCAAGCCACCAUCCAGCGCCUCAAAGCUCUCAGGGAGACCAACCCGGACCCUCCCAUGAUCUCAUGUCUUGACAUCGGGACGGAACAAGAAAUGGAGCAUGUAGAACUGGUUCUCCCGAAAGCGGAAGUUGUUCCUGAGGAUCCAUACUCCUGCACAUCCUGCAGCGAACUUAUUUCAAAGAACGUGCAGCUGACCAACGAGCUGGGUGACCUUCGUAAAAAACUGCGGUUCGAGUACAGAUGGGCCAAAAGGGCAAGGAGAGCAAUAAAUCGAAUGCAGGAGGCACUGGAAAAGUCCCCCUCAGGCCCUGUGGAACCGACAGACCUGGAUGCGCUGGGGGAUGAAGGACAGCACGGUUCCUCUUCGGAUGAAGAAGCCAGGCCCACCAAACCAAAACCCAACCCGGCCAAACGCACCUCUUUGUCAGUGCUGCAACAGUAUCCCAAAUUCCCACCCAGCAUCUGUAAGUGA